GAUACUGUCGCUCACGCCUGAUAUCUUAACCCGACCCACAUAUAUAAGUCCAUCUCUUUCUUCCAUCACCGGCCGCUUCCAAAAAUUCUUUUAUCCUUGUUCUUAAUUUUUCUAUUCAACCAAAUUUCGGCUACGUCCCUUAGAACCCUUUACUUUACUGUCUACACUUUUCAUUUGAUUUCCAGUUUUGCUUAUUUAUUGGGUUUCUUAUUUGGUUCCAAUCGGUUGAUAUGGCGGCGAGUGCAUCUUGGCAUCCCCAGGAGAAUGGGUUCAACGAGAUCUGCGGCUUACUCGAGCAGCAGAUUUCUCCUUCCUCAAAUUCUGAUAAGUCCCAGAUUUGGCAGCAGCUUCAGCAAUACUCCCAGUUCCCUGACUUCAAUAACUACCUCGCUUUUAUUCUUGCGCGCGCUGAGGGUAAAUCAGUUGAGGUUCGACAAGCUGCUGGCUUGUAUCUGAAAAACAACCUUAGAACUGCAUACAAGUCGAUGACUCCUGCGUUUCAGCAAUAUAUUAAAGCUGAACUGUUGCCAUGUAUGGGAGCUGCGGACAGACAUAUCAGGUCUACGGUUGGGACGAUCAUCAGUGUCGUUGUUCAACUAGGCGGAAUAUUGGGGUGGCCUGAGUUGUUGGAAGCACUUGUAAGAUGCUUAGACAGUAAAGACCAGAAUCACAUGGAAGGUGCCAUGGAUGCUUUGUCCAAGAUUUGUGAAGAUAUACCUCAAGUGCUUGAUUCAGAUGUACCCGGAUUGUCUGAACGCCCAAUCAACAUAUUUCUUCCUAGAUUAUUUCAGUUUUUUCAGUCGCCACAUGCUACAUUGAGAAAACUUUCGUUGAGUUCUGUGAAUCAAUACAUUAUGCUGAUGCCCACGGCGCUAUAUAUAUCCAUGGACCAAUAUCUUCAAGGUUUAUUUGUUCUUGCUAAUGACCCUACCUCGGAAGUGCGAAAGCUGGUUUGUCAAGCAUUUGUACAGCUAAUUGAAGUACGCCCAACUUUCUUGGAGCCACACCUGCGGAAUGUGAUCGAAUACAUGUUGCAAGUCAAUAAGGAUGCUGACGAGGAAGUUUCACUUGAAGCCUGUGAAUUUUGGUCUGCAUAUUGUGAUGCUCAAUUACCUCCAGAGAACUUAAGGGAGUUCUUGCCACGUUUAAUUCCAGCAUUAUUGUCAAAUAUGGUGUAUGCUGAUGACGAUGAAGCGCUUCUUGAGGCCGAGGAAGAUGGAUCUCUUCCAGACCGAGAGCAGGAUCUAAAACCCCGUUUCCAUUCGUCAAGAUUACAUGGAUCAGACAAUGGAGAAGAUGAUGACGAUGACAUCGUAAAUAUAUGGAACUUGCGCAAAUGCAGUGCUGCAGCUCUUGAUAUUCUCUCAAAUGUGUUUGGGGAUGAAAUUCUUCCUAUAUUGAUGCCUAUUGUUCAGGCCCAUUUGUCAACAAAUAGUGAUGAAGCCUGGAAAGAAAGGGAAGCUGCUGUAUUGGCUCUUGGUGCCAUAGCUGAAGGUUGCAUUAGUGGACUUUAUCCUCAUCUGCCUGAGAUUAUCACAUUUCUCAUUCCUCUUCUAGACGAUAAAUUUCCUUUAAUAAGGAGCAUAUCUUGUUGGACACUUUCUCGUUUCAGCAAGUUCAUUGUUCAGGGCAUUGGAACACAGCAAGGUUACGAACAAUUUGAUAAAGUUCUCAUGGGACUUCUACGAAGAUUAUUGGACAAUAACAAGAGGGUGCAAGAAGCUGCUUGUUCUGCUUUUGCAACGCUGGAGGAGGAAGCUGCAGAGGAGUUGGCGCCUCAUUUGAAAAAUAUAUUACAGCACCUAAUAUGUGCUUUUGGGAAGUAUCAGAGACGGAAUCUACGGAUAGUGUAUGAUGCUAUUGGAACCUUAGCAGAUGCUGUUGGAGGGGAGCUGAAUCAGCCUAUUUAUCUUGAUAUUCUCAUGCCACCAUUAAUUGCCAAAUGGCAGCAACUUUCGAACUCAGAUAAAGAUCUUUUUCCGCUUUUGGAGUGCUUCACGUCUAUAGCACAGGCUUUGGGGACUGGAUUUGCCCAAUUUGCUCAGCCUGUGUAUCAGAGAUGCAUAAGCAUUAUUCAGACCCAACAAAUGGCAAAGGUCGAUCCCGUUUCUGCCGGGGUUCAGUACGAUAAAGAGUUCAUUGUAUGCUGUCUCGAUCUUCUUUCAGGACUUGCGGAGGGUCUUGGCAGUGGGAUAGAAAGUUUGGUUUCUCAAAGCAACCUGAGGGACUUGCUCCUGCAAUGUUGCAUGGAUGAAGCUUCUGAUGUCCGGCAGAGUGCCUUUGCAUUGCUUGGGGAUCUUGGAAGAGUAUGCCAUGUUCAUUUGCAACCACGUUUGUCGGAAUUUCUAACCGCUGCAGUGAAGCAAUUGGAUACUCCUAAGCUGAGGGACAUUGUAUCUGUGGCAAACAAUGCCUGUUGGGCAAUUGGAGAAUUGGCUGUUAAGGUACACCAAGACAUUUCUUCUGUCGUUAUGACCGUGAUUUCAAGCUUGGUCCCGAUUCUUCAACACGCACAGGAGCUAAAUAAAUCUCUGGUAGAGAAUAGUGCAAUUACUCUUGGAAGGAUUGCAUGGGUUUGCCCUCAGCUAGUGUCACCACAUAUGGAACAUUUCAUGCAACCAUGGUGCACUGCUUUAUCCAUGAUACGUGAUGACGUAGAAAAGGAGGAUGCUUUCCGAGGUCUUUGCGCUCUGGCUAAAUCAAAUCCAUCAGGAGCUCUAAGUUCACUUGCUUUCAUGUGCAAAGCCAUUGCGAGUUGGCAUGAAAUAAGGAGUCAAGAUCUUCAUAAUGAAGUAUGCCAAGUUCUGCAAGGCUAUAAACAGAUGCUGAGAAAUGGUGGGUGGGAGCAGUGUAUUUCUUCUCUAGAACCAUCUGUGAAGGAGAAACUAUCAAAAUAUCAAGUAUAGGAUGAUGAUGUUUAUCACUCAAAUAUACGCUUCAAAUCGUUUCGAGCCAACGGUCGUUUUGUGCGUUGUCUGUGUGUCGCUCUCGUGAUUGAAGAUAAAAAUUGCACAUCCUUUAAGGUUUACACAGGUUGAGACAGCACUUGGAAUGAAGCAGCAGCUGAAGUGAAGUGGGACAAUGUUGUACAGUGGUGGGAUAUGUUGAGAUAGUGUGGUGUCCUUGUAGUGUUCUUCCCAAUCCUUUCCCUUUUUUCGAGUACUCAUACGGUCUGGAUUCGUUAUAUCGAUCGAUUUUGGAGCGCGACGGUUUGCAUUACAGAAGAGAUAUGGAUUGGAUAGAGUCGACGAGAACGUUUCCGUUUCUUUUUUAGUUUUGUGAUUUUGGUCCUAUUGUUUUUCCAUUGAUGAAUAGGACUAUAGGCUUUUUAUGAAGAAGGAUAGAGAAGAGUUGUUCUUGCUAGAUUUAGCAGCAAUAAGGAACACUGUGAUGUACUUAUAAGUUUUCUUAUUUAAUUAAAACUAUAUCGUCUUUGUAAUUCA